AUGAGUGGUGAAGCAGAAGACACAACACCGACGCCCACGGCGGCUCAGCCGGAUGGCGCGGGGCCUCUCAUCCAGGUCCCCGUUGCCCCACGAAAACCACCACGUCGGGGCCUCAAAGUUCAGCCCGAGAGGCCGAAGCGAGCUCUCUUCUGUCUCACACUCAAGAACCCAUUGAGGAAACUAUGCAUUGACAUUGUCGAAUGGAAGUAUCCUUUAAAAAAAAGCUGA